AUGACGGUGGCACUCCAGGAUCUGGACGCGCACGAGCAGCCGUCAGAGGGCAUGCGAGCCGAGUGGAAGAACUUCACCAAGAUCAGUCACGAAACCGUCCUCCGAGAUCCACGCAUCGAUGACCCGCGAAAACCACUAUCGGAAAACGGCUUCAAGACAGCAGGCCAUAUCUCAAAGUCCCAAAUCAAGGAGGCGUUUUCAAGCAUAGCAAUCGAUGCAGACAUCAAAGAAGAUGCUCCCCUGGUUCACCACCCCUUACUCCCCGGUCUCCUGAUCGCACCAAACCUCGUGCCGGAAAAUGUCCAAACCAGACUUGUGGACCUCAUGGUCCAUCGUGAUCUGAGCAAUCCGACACACCAAACCAACAUGCAUCUUCACUUUGAUGUACCCUAUCCUCCAGGCGGCGCUUCCUUCUUCUCUCUCCCGCCCGAUGGACCGCUUUUCACACCCAAAGAUCCCAGCAUCCACAAACCACUGUCGCCCUCACAAGUCCUCAACAAACGUCUCCACUGGGUCACUUUGGGCGGCCAGUAUGACUGGACGGACAGGGUGUAUCCGAACGAGAAACCGCCUCCUUUUCCGGAGGACAUUGCCGCUUUCCUGGAGAGUCUGUUCCCGGCGACGGAGGCACAGGCGGCCAUUGUCAAUUUUUACAGUCCGGGGGAUACCAUGAUGAUGCAUCGCGACGUCAGCGAGGAGGCGAAUCGAGGUCUGGUCAGUCUGAGUCUGGGAUGCGAUGGUCUCUUCAUGAUCGCCCCGAGCAGCGCGGGGAAUCAAGAGGCGGAGUCGGAAUACGACGGUGACAAACAGUAUCUUCUGCUGCGAUUACGGUCAGGCGAUGCCAUUUACAUGACCGAAGAGUCGAGGUAUGCGUGGCAUGGUGUCCCAAAGGUAGUCAAGGGAACCUGUCCCGACUUCCUCGCACAGUGGCCAGCAGACGGCCAAGAUGCCGCGUACGAAGAAUGGAGAGGCUGGAUGAGGAACAAGAGGAUCAACCUCAACGUCAGACAGAUGAAGGACUAG